ACAAUUUUAUAUCAAAACGGCAAGAAGUUACUCUUUCCCAGCGUCACUCGAUUUCGCCGGUCCGCUGCGAUCAGCUUCUCCUUCUCGAUCUCUCCACCUCAAUCCCUAAAACCCCAAUUCUGUAAUUGCAUUCAGUUCCCUCGUACCUGGAUCGGCUCCAAGGUAAUCGUCUGGAGUGUGAUCAUAUGAAAACCCACACGCGACGGUGUUUGCUGAGGUUUUUCCUCUUCCUGAUCUUAUCGAAUCCCUCUUAUGGGGAAAACAAGUUCAGAGAGCGUAAAGCCACCGAUGACGAGCAGGGAUACCCCGAAAUUGAUGAAGAUGCUUUGUUGAAUACUCAGUGCCCGAGGAAACUGGAGCUGCGAUGGCAAACUGAAGUCACUUCUAGCGUUUAUGCUACACCUUUGAUUGCUGAUAUCAACAGUGAUGGAAAGCUUGACAUUGUUGUUCCAUCUUUUGUUCACUACCUUGAAGUUCUUGAAGGUGCUGAUGGAGACAAGAUGCCAGGUUGGCCUGCUUUUCAUCAGUCAAACGUGCAUUCAAGUCCUCUUCUAUUUGAUAUCGACAAAGAUGGUGUUAGAGAAAUUGCUCUGGCGACCUACAAUGGCGAAGUGCUCUUCUUCAGGGUAUCAGGCUUUUUAAUGUCAGAUAAGCUAGAAGUGCCACGUAGAAAAGUGCACAAGAACUGGCAUGUGGGUCUGAAUCCUGACCCUGUUGACCGUUCACAUCCUGAUGUCCAUGAUGAACAGCUUGUGCAAGAAGCUAUGGAGAUGAAGUCAGCGACCACUCAAACGAGUGCAACUACCACAACACCAAAUGUUACAGUCUCGAUGCCCAAAGAAUUUCAUGGCGAGGCUUCAAAUGUGACGUCACAAGAGGAUCAGAAGAAACCAGAAAAUAACCAAACCGAAGCAGUCGUAAAGCCUACCCCAGUGACGUCUCAAGAGGAUCAGAAGAAACCUGAGAAUAACCAAACAGAAGCAGUUGUAAAGCCUACUCCAGAGCUACAUAACUCCUCCAUGAAUGUUAGCUCGAACAAUUCGGCAACAAAUGAUACUACAGCUGUCUCAACAGAAAAAACCAGUGGAAAUGUAACCACCAAAGAGGUGGAUCAAAGCAAGAUUAGUGAAGCUAAGAAUGACACUGUUAUUAAAUUAAAUACCAGUACGGAUAAUUCUUCAGAAAUUUUGGUGACAUCUGGAAACAGUAGUACGACAGAGACAGGAACCAAAAGUGGGAGGCGACUUCUGGAAGAUGGUGGCUCGGACGGCCAUUCUGACAAUAAAGACAACAAUGAGGGUGUUCGCAUGGCCACAGUUGAAAACGAUGGAAUAUUAGAAGCUGACGCAGAUUCAUCGUUUGACUUGUUGCGUGAUACAGAGGAGUUAGGUGAUGAAUACAGUUAUGAUUAUGACGAUUAUGUUAAUGAGACCAUGUGGGGUGAUGAGGAAUGGGUCGAGGGGCAGCACGAGAACUCAGAGGAUUAUGUGAACAUUGACGCCCAUAUACUGUGCACUCCUGUUAUUGCUGACAUAGACAAAGAUGGAAUACAGGAGAUGGUUGUUGCUGUUUCCUAUUUCUUCGACCCUGAGUAUUAUGACAAUCCAGAACAUCUGAAAGAGCUUGGUAGUAUUGACAUCAAAAACUACAUUGCUAGUUCAAUUGUGGUUUUCAAUCUUGAGACUAAACAAGUUAAAUGGGUCAAAGAGCUAGAUUUGAGUACGGAUAACUCAAACUUCCGUGCAUAUAUGUAUUCUUCCCCAACGGUUGUUGAUUUGGAUGGCGAUGGUUACAUGGAUAUCCUUGUCGGAACUUCUUUUGGCUUAUUCUACGCCAUGGACCACCGUGGAAACAUCAGAGAAAAAUUCCCACUUGAAAUGGCUGAAAUACAAGGGGCAGUGGUUGCAGCUGAUAUAAAUGACGAUGGAAAGAUUGAACUUGUGACAACAGAUUCCCACGGAAAUGUAGCAGCAUGGACCACCCAAGGAGUGGAAAUUUGGGAAGUACAUCUAAAGAGUCUUGUUCCCCAGGGUCCUUCAAUAGGCGAUGUUGAUGGCGAUGGACACACUGAUGUUGUGGUUCCUACAACAUCAGGAAAUAUUUACGUUCUUAGUGGCAAGGAUGGUUCGAUUGUCCGUCCUUACCCGUACAGAACUCAUGGAAGAGUGAUGAACCAGCUUCUCCUUGUUGAUCUGAACAAGCGAGGCGAGAAGAAGAAGGGACUCACCAUUGUUACCACAUCCUUUGAUGGUUACAUGUAUCUCAUAGAUGGACCCACCUCGUGCGCUGACGCUGUUGAUAUUGGUGAAACUUCAUACAGCAUGGUCUUGGCUGAUAAUGUUGACGGUGGAGAUGAUCUUGAUCUCAUCGUCUCAACUAUGAACGGGAACGUCUUUUGCUUCUCCACGCCUUCUCCUCACCAUCCCCUCAAGGCUUGGAGAUCGACUGAUCAAGGGAUGAACAAUAAGGCAAUCCGUUACGAUCGUGAAGGUGUUUUUGUCACGCAUUCAACCAGAGGUUUCCGCGAUGAGGAAGGCAAAAACUUCUGGGCUGAGAUUGAGAUUGUUGAUAACUACAGAUACCCAUCAGGUUCACAAGCACCCUACAAUGUUACAACGACGCUGUUGGUACCAGGCAAUUACCAAGGAGACAGGAGGAUAAAGCAGAGCCAGAUCUAUAACAAACCAGGAAAAUACAGAAUAAAACUACCAACCGUUGGAGUCAGGACAACAGGGACAGUAAUGGUUGAGAUGGUGGACAAGAAUGGACUCCAUUUCUCAGACGAAUUCUCUCUAACUUUCCAUAUGUAUUAUUACAAGCUUCUGAAGUGGCUGCUUGUCCUCCCGAUGCUGGGGAUGUUCGGCCUGCUCGUGAUACUACGACCUCAAGAAGCUGUCCCCCUCCCGUCCUUUUCCCGCAACAGAGACUAGUGAUGAUAAAGUAUUAGAUAUCUUUUUUUUAUGUUUGUUAAAGAUCUUUAGAUUAUCUUUCUUUUGAGUUUAUAAAGUUUAUGUAUUACUUUAUAACUGUAACUUUUCGUCGGUUAAAAGAAAAAAACUGCUCAUGCAUUAUCA